AUGAAGGUCGUCACGUGUGCAGCUCCCACCAACAUCGCCGUGAUCAAGUACUGGGGCAAGACCGACGCGGUGCUCAACACGCCCCUGAACUCCAGUCUCAGCGUGACGCUGCACCAAGACCAACUGCGGGCCACGACGUCCGUUGCCAGUGGAUCAGCUCUGAGCCGCACGCGGCUGUGGCUCAAUGGCCAGGAGCAGCCCCUCAACAGCCGCGUGACGACUGUGGUGCGAGAGAUGCAGCAGCUGGCCCAGCGCGUGCAUAAAGCGGCGCAGGAGACGCAGCAGCCGCUGCUUAUCGUGUCCAGCAACUCGUUCCCGACGGCGGCGGGACUCGCCUCGUCUGCUGCUGGCUACGCGUGUCUCGUGGCCGCGUUGGCUGAGUUCUACCGCCUCUCGACGGCAGACGAGGAGUUUCCAGGCCAGUUGUCGGCUAUCGCACGGCAAGGCUCGGGGUCGGCCUGCAGGAGUCUGCACGGCGGCUUCGUGGCGUGGCACAAGGGACAGCGGAGCGACGGACGGGACUCGGUCGCGGUGCCAGUCGCUGACUCGCUGCACUGGCCGGAGCUCCGUGCCGUCGUGUGCGUCGUGAGUGACCAGCAGAAGGACACGAGCAGCACGCGCGGCAUGCAGAGGACCAAGGCCACGAGUCCUCUGCUGGCGUACCGGGUCGAGCACGUGGUGGCCGAUCGCAUGAAGACGAUGGAGGAAGCCAUCUUGGCGAAGGACUUUGCAGCGUUCGGGACGCUCACGAUGCGAGACAGUAACCAGUUCCACGCCACUUGUCUCGACUCGAUGCCGCCAAUUUUCUACUUGAACGAGACUUCACGAGAAAUCAUCCGACUCGUGCACCGCUACAACGAACAAGCUGGUCGGGUACAGGCAGCCUACACCUUCGAUGCGGGGCCGAAUGCUGUCCUCUUUGUCGAGGAGCAGCACGCGCAGGAGCUCGUGUCGCUCGUAUGCCACUGCUUUUCCGACUCUUUGAACAUGACGAUCAAGGCCUCGAUGUCUUUUGACUGCACGCCGUCACGCGCGCUGCUUGAACGGAUGCAGUCGAAAGCGUGUGGCAGUAGCAAGGAGACUUUUGAGCUGCCGCAUCUCCCUGACAGCGUAAAGAUGAUGUACGUGUCUCGUGUUGGUGGUGGCACGCGCGUACUGUCCGCAGACGAAGCGCUGAUUGAUGCGGUUACAGGCGAGCCGCUGUUCUCCCGGACAGCGGCGUGUAGCCAUCCUAUGAGCAAGCCCAGAUCCUGCCUGCGUAGUGACCAGUUGCUGCAUUACGUGGUCGCUGCUGUUGCUGCCAUCGCAGUGACCGGCGCGGUGCUGCUGCGCAAAUGA